UGAGCAACAUGGCCGAAAAGUGACUUGCCACACAAAACGAUUGUUGUCGUUGGAUGUUGUGGAUGGAUGCGACGUCGUUGUUGUUGUGAGGGCAGACGAGGUAGGUGUUGUCACAGCGUUAACGAUGGAGGUGGUGAAGGUCAACUAACCACAACAGCUUGGGGCUUUGUGGACAGGGGUUGUUUAUUGCGAUCGAACUCCCAAGCAAUUAGUAAACACGAUAGAUGGUAUCUAGCGGUCUGUGAAUCUUCAUCAAAAUGAAUGAGUAUGACGAGAGGGGAUGGGCUCACAUCCACCAGGCUGCUUAUCGCGGCUACGUCAAGUCCAUCGAGCGCUUCGUGGAGGCCAACCCUGAUCAGCUGGAGCUGGAGACAAAUGACGACCUUCACUCCACCCCGUUCCUCCUGGCUGUCAGCAGCGGCAACAUCGACACCGUCAAGAGCUUGUUGUCUCUAAAUGCCAAGAUAAAUGUCAUCAACACGCAGAACCAUGGAGCUGUGGAACUUUGCUGUAUGAAGCAGUUCGUUUCUCUGCUUGAAUACUUCAUUAAACGCAAUGAUGAAAAACUUCCUGUAUGGAAGCAUCUUCUUAAGAUGGUGGGGUCGGAUAACGAAGAGGAGGCAGAAAAUUCGGGGAAAUGUUUGAGGACGUUGACUGACCGUAGUGAAGCUGAAGGCAUCAACGCUAACUGGGAAUAUGUUUAUAAUAAUGGCGGAAUUCCAGUGAUUGUCAAAGUGGUCAAGGGUACUCUCAAUGAUGAUGCUAAGAUUCCGGCCCUUCAGGCACUGCUCAAUGUCCUUGAGAAGACAGAGGUGCAAGAACAGAUGGUAAGCUCGGGAGGAAUUCCUGCAUAUAUCAAAAUCUUAAAAUCUCAGAAUCACUUCGCAGUUAAGCUGGCAGCAGAGACGUUACAAGAAUUGGCCAAGAAGAGGGAAUAUGCUGAUAUACAGAUGCAGAACCAAGUUGCCCAGGCUCUUCUGAAGGUGGCACAGACUGUGUCCGACUACGAGGUACUCAUACCUGUUGUCCACUGUUUUACGGUGUUGUCCGAAGUCAGCAGUACCCAUCGGUCAGCAAUAGGAGGUGUUGCGGGCUUGAUUUCAACUCUAGUUGGUCUUUAUGAAAAAUACAGUGAGCAGCAGUUACUGCUUGCCUUGACAUCAGCUGUGGGUCUGAUAGCAGAGGACACAAAGUCCAAUCAGAAUAUGUUCGUUGAUGAAGGAGUGACUCCUCACUUGAGGGACGUCAUCAUGGGUCAGAUGAAGCACAGGGAGCUGCAGCUGACAGCUGUAGAAGCUGUUCACCUCCUGGCACAGGACAAUCCUCACACUCAGAAGGAAAUCCUUUCCAAAGGAAUAGACAGAAUCCUGUUCAAACUUCUUUCCAAAAGCAGGGCAGACGUGCUUCUGGAGAAAACUGCUAUGGCACUGUGGGCUUUAGCAGGGACAAACUUGGAUGAACAACGUGAAAUGGCGACAGGGAUGGGUGUGCAAAUGUUGAUAGAGUUUCUUAAUUCUCUGUCGGAGAAACUUCACCUCAUUGCUUCAGAAGGUCUAGGUGUUCUUGCCCAGGGCCCUCUCAACAUGCAGACUGAGAUAGCUCAGAAGAAUGGUAUUAAUCCUCUAGUGAGAUUGUUGAAGUCAGAUAAGGACUACAUUGGUCUGAGUGUGAUCCGGACGCUCAGGUAUCUGUCUGUGGGAGUGGGGAAUGUGCCUCACAAUCAGAACCAGAAGGCAAUCUCAAAGUCUCAUGGCAUCAGAUACCUGGUGGCUCUCAUGGUUCACUCGGCCAGUGAGAUUCUGCGGGUGGAAUCGGCUGUCACUCUGGGAUAUGUGUCCAUAGGUAACCAAGCAAUCCUGGAUGAGAUCCAUCGCUACCCUGACUUCAGCUUCGUGCGGAUCCUGCGGAUGAUGUACUCCACAGAGCACCGGGUGCGACUCCUGGCAGGGGAGGCGCUGGCAGCCUUCGCCUACAACAACAUCAGCCAGCAGCAGGAUAUCCUGGAGCAGGGCGGGGUCAGGUUUGCUGCGUUCCUCCCUUUCCUGAAAUCCCAUGAUGAGUUCUACAGAUGCAAUGCUGCCUAUCAGAUUGUAAUCCUGGCGCGGAUCAUCCCUGAUGAGGAGCAGGCCAAGUCCUCAGCUCUGGGCAUCAAGCUGAUUAUCGACCUCCUCCAGGACUCCAAGGACAACAGCAUCCUGGCCCUAGCCAGUGACUGUGUGGCUAGACUGGCACACACACGAGCAGGUGUUCCCUCAGCGAUUGUGGCUAUAGAGGCUGUGCAUUACUUGUGCAGCCUUCUGUCAUCGACUGCUGAGCAAGUGCGCGGAUGUGCAGCCAUUGCACUGGGCUAUCUCACCUUCAACCACGAGGGAGGCAGAGAACUCCUUCACAGUUGCCGCAAGAACCCCUACCUGAUGCAGGUCCUCAAGUACUACUUCACGAAGCGGACACGCCUGUCUCCGGAGUUUGUCGAGGGUUGGAAACACUGCAAGAGGGUGGGCCUGCCAGCGAUACCAGAAGGGAAGACUAGUCUAAUACAGUUUCGACCACAUGAGGAUGCAAUUCGACCCGUGACCAACUUGAGUUUCGAUGGAACGGGUAAUAGCUCCAACAUCCGGAGCUCCACGUCCAACCUGGUGGCAGAGGAGGGCAACCUGACGGGCAGGUCCUCACGGUCCUCCAGGACACAGAGGACGGGGUCAGUCCACAACAGUCACUUGUCCUUGGACAGUCAGAGGACACAGAACUCUCUUAUGGUUGGAGGGGAGGAGAGAUGAUGGUGAAGCAGGGCCAGGGAAGAUGAAGUGGGCUUGAGAAGGAUAAAGUGGGGCAAGGGAAGAUGACAUGGGUUUGGGAAGGAUAAAGGAAGAAGUUAUAAAUUAUCGGUAACUGCCAGUUGUCUUGUGGUCUCAGUUGGCAGCGAUUAGGACCCCAUCUCUGGGGGUCGACUUAUGUAUAAAACAUACCAUUUUGAUACUGGUUUUAAGGGUCAAGUUAGGAGGUUGGCUUAUCUACUGUAAUAUAUGGUAAGUGGGCUUGGGAAAGAUAAAAAGGGGCAAAGGAAGAUGAUGUGGGGCAAGAGAAGGCCAAAGUAGGGCAAGGCAAGAUGAAGUGGGCUUGGAAAGGAUAAAGAAAGAUUAAGUGGGUUUGGGAAAGAUAAAAAGGGGCAAAGGAAGAUGAUGUGGGGCAAGAGAAGGCCAAAGUAGGGCAAGGGAAGUGAAGUGGGCUUGGAAAGGAUAAAGAAAGAUUAAGUGGGUUUGGGAAAGAUAAAAAGGGGCAA